AUGGACAAGACAAAGUCUCAGCAAACGCAUACCAAUGCGGUCCGUCCGUCGCUGUCUCUCGAUAUCUCUCCAGAACCGACGCAUCAGGUGAGGGACCGUGGUCUGAAUGCCACAGCUCCUAAGAGCGAAUAUGGUGUUGUUGCUGGACGUCCUCUAGAAACUACAAGUACCAAUAUGUUUGCGACCGUGGCUCCCAUGUGGCAGCCCAUCUCGCCAGUCGAGCUUGGGUUAUUUGAUACCAACAGCUGCCACGAUGACCCUUCCCCUCUUAUACUGGAAGGCGUCUUCACUCUGCCGAUUCCGUCGCCUCAGGCGGCAGCCGCGCCGUCCUCCUCACUGUUCCCUACCGACCCCGUAUGGGAUUCCCCUCCGACAUCACGCCGCUCCUCGUCCAACUUUGCAGACGAAUCAAGCUUUUCGUCACUCUCUGAUGAAGAGAGUUUGGCAAGUCCGUUGGCAACGGCGACGACGCUGCAAACCCGGGGUUACCUCCUCGAUAUAGAAUCUGAAUCUUCAGGAGAUACCUCACGGGCACGCAGUACAAGAGCAUCGUUCUUGGGAGGAAAAUCUGAGGAAUCGCCAACUCAGGAACCCAGUCCGAACACUGCGCUCCCAGGCCAAGCGUCGCACUGUCCCAGCCCAUCCAAAGGGCAUACGGUGUCUCUGCCACCAAGUCCCGUCCUCCCUUCGUUCCCCAAAGGGCACCGCCGCCUUUAUACGAGUCCGGCUGGACCAUCCUCCUCAGUGCGCGGCAGUCUACCUAACAUCAGGCCGCUUGCUGUACCGGCUGGGAAGUCAAAAGUGUCUAGGAGGGUAUCGAGCCCGCCUCCCCCUAGUCCCACGGAUCCGGUGGGGCAAGAGAUGUUGGGCACGGUGAACACCCUUCUUGCGGAUUUCCUUCUACCGUAUAAGCUGCGAGCACAAAGUCUGAGUUAG